CUCUGAUGGAAUUUCUCCUCUCGCUGUGGUCGAUCGACCUGCAGCGGCCACCUGAUGCCUCGAGGCGCGGCGGCGCGGCGUGCCUGGGGACGGACCCGGCUCCCAAGCUGGCCUCAGGCCUAUCGUCUGUCCGUCUGUGCUCCGCUCUGGUCGUGAGAAGAACGAGUCAGGCCACAUCAAGUGCCUGACAUCUCUCGACUUGGUGAUGUGAUCAGCACCACCCUCGAGAGGCUGGCGACCCAAUCCUCUCCUCUUCACAUCUCAUCUUGGCGGACAUACAGCGAUCGGCAACGUCGCAAGCGCCUCUUUGCCCCACACCCAUCGACAUGGAAGGCAAGGACAACGCCUCGUUGGCGUCGCUACCAUCACGGCGAAACAUCGUGCGGCGGAUCGACAUUCUCCUGCUUCCUCUGCUCACAAUUUGCUACGGCCUUCAAUUCUACGACAAGGCCGUCCUAGGUUCAGCUACCAUCUUUGGCAUCCUCGAUGACCUCGAGCUUGCAACUGUCAGUGGUGGCAAGAGGGAUCUCAGCAGGUAUAGUGCUGCGACUGCUGCCUUUUACUAUGGCUAUGUUGGAGCGGUGAUUCCAGCGUCCUUUCUCGCCCAGCGACUACGCCCCAACUACUUCCUGGGCGGAGCCAUCUUUCUCUGGGGAUUCAUCGUCCUCCUCACCCCCGCCAUCGCAUCGUGGCAAGGCCUAAUAGCGCAGCGCGUCUUCCUAGGCGCCGUCGAGUCUACCGUCAGUCCUGGAUUCCUCCUGGUGACGCGGCGCUUCUGGACGAGGCAGGAGAUGCCUAUGCGAGUCGGAGUGUGGUACUCUGCCACUGGAUUGUUCAGUGUCUUUAGUGGGCUGGUCAAUUAUGGACUGGGCACGAGGAGUCAUCCAGGAAUUGCCACUUGGAAGACCCUCUUCCUAGUCCCCGGCUUCCUCACUGUCUUCUUUGGAGCCGUCGUGCUACUCUUCUUGCCUCCUGAGCCGGCGAGGGAUGCAGUCAUCAAAGUGCCCGGGUACAACACCUUUUCGCCCGCCGAGAGAGAGGCAAUGCUGCGGGCUACACGUCUUGAAGCGCUGGGUCGCGAGUCGGACAAAUGGGAGUGGAGCCAAGUGUUGGAGGCAUUGUGCGACUACAAGGUGUGGAUCUACUUCCUCCUCGCAACGGCAAUCUACGUCUGCAACGGCGGCGUAACCGUCUUUGGUCCUUUGCUCAUCAAGUCGUUUGGCUACUCGUCCACCAGAGCGAUCCUGCUUCAGACGCCCGGUGGCGCCGUCACCGUCGUGGCCAUCCUCCUCGCCUGCUGGAUGUCACUGCGAUUCCGCAACGCCCGCCUGCUCAUUCUUGCCCUCAGCUGCUUGCCCGUCAUCUUGGGAGCGGCACUGAUCUGGGCUCCCUCUGUCAAUUGGCAGAAGCAUCAGGCUAUGCCGCUCAUCGGCUAUUACCUCCUCCCUGCCUUUGGAGCGCCCUACGUUAUGCUUCUCUCCUCUCUCGCAGCGAAUGUAGCGGGCACAACCAAGGCGUCAUUCGCCGCUGGGGCGGUAUUCGUGGGCUACAACGUAGGCAACAUCGCCUCGGCGUACAUCCUGCUACCCUCUGAGGCCAGCGUGCACUACGCUACGACUUGGAAGAUUAUCAUCUCGAUGAUGUGCGCAUCGAUUGGGCUUGCGGGAAUAUUGGCCGGCGCGAUGACGUGGGAGAAUAGGAGGAGAGACAAGAGGGCUGAACGGGACGGUAGCAGCGUGCCCCCUACGCCUGUAGAGGGCCAGCAGGAGAAGAAGUUGGACUCCGAUGCUGGCCUGAACAAAGAUGUCGAGGCGACGUCUUCUGACGCUGCUGCUGCGGUUGAGCAGAGGGACCUGACCGACUGGCAGAACAAGGCUUUCCGCUAUGUGUUGUAGGGGAGCGAGCUCGGCCGUGGUAGAUGGAUUCACAGGCAGCACGUGUUCUAGAUCCAUCGCAGUGAUGCAAUCAACCUUGUCUCGAUGUG